CAGCAGCGACCCAGCACAAGCUUCAACUGAUGCGCGUCCACGCCACGCACACACGCGCGCGCACGCCCCUGCAGUCACGGCACGGACCUAAACGUGGAUCAAGCGCAAUCGAGUGAAGAGAGACAUUUACUGACACACAGCAAAAACAAAAACUUUUGUCGCUGAAUGUGGAGGUGAAUCUCUGGUCACUGAUGAUGGCGGUUCAGGCCGGGCUGCAGGCUUGGUUUGGCAAGAAAUUCGAUGCCCCGUUACAGAGUCCUCGGUGCCCGCGGGCUGCUCGAGCGGGUCCCAGUCUGGUUGAUGUGUUCCAGUAUGACCAGUGGUUGGCCGUGCGGCAUGAAGCCACACUGGUGCCCAUGCAGGAGGAUCUUGCCAUCUGGCUGAGUGGCAUGCUUGGUGAGGAGGUGAGAGUCGACCGCUUCAUGGCGGAGCUGGAUAAUGGCGUCAGACUCUGUCGUCUGGUUGGAAUUCUCCAGAAUAAAAUACCACAGGACUCUGAAAAAGCACAGCUUUCCUCCAAGAAAAUUCAGUUCAAGAAGAACGCCUCCCCUGGAUCGUUUUUCGCUCGCGACAACACUGCAAACUUUCUAUCCUGGUGUCGUCAUAUUGGAGUGGAUGAGACGUACUUGUUCGAGUCUGAGGGUUUGGUCCUGCAUAAAGACCCUCGACAGGUGUGUCUGUGUCUGCUGGAGAUCGGACGUAUCGUAUCCAGGUAUGGUGUGGAGCCUCCAGUUCUGGUUCAACUGGAGAAGGAGAUUGAACUGGAGGAGAGUAUGAUGUUGAACAAUGACACAGCUCCAGUGAAAACAUUCACAGUGUGCUGUCAGCACGGAGCUCUGUAUCACGCUGAUCAUGUGGAACAAGACGACUCGCCCUGUAACUGCUCCCAGAAGUUCUCCAUCGAGUAUCUCUCUGAGGGACGAUACAGACUGGGAGACAAGAUCCUGUUCAUCAGGAUGCUCCAUGGGAAGCAUGUUAUGGUGCGUGUGGGUGGAGGUUGGGAUACUCUAAAAGGGUUUCUGCUAAAAUACGACCCAGGCCGGGUGCUGCAGUUCACAACGCUGGAACAGAAGAUUCUAGCCUAUCACAAAGGCCCGCCCGGUCCAGGCCCUGCCCUCAGCGCACAGAUCACUCAGCCGCCUGCCAUGGACCCCAUUGCCGCCGUCAAUCUCCUCCCUGAAUCCUCAUCUUCCUCUUCUACAUCAUCCAAACCCAACACGCCCGCUUCCGGACACGCGACGCCCCGUGGCUAUGCCCAAUCGCCGGCCUCCACACCCUCCCUUCCCAGGAAAGCCGCAGCACCUAAGAAGAUCCUCCAGAUGCCCACGCCUUCCCCCAAAACCACCCCUCUUCCUUCACCUGUCCUGAAACGAACCCCAUUGCUACAAUCUCAAAAGCCCCCCACCCAGUCCUCCAAAACCAAACUGCGACCGCGUGGAUCUCCGUCUCAGCCCCGCAGUCCCGUUUGUCCCGAACCAAACUGCAAGCUGCCCAAACCAUCAGCCCCACCCUCAGCACACCGCUCAGCGCGCACCCCUAUUCCCCAGAAACCAUUCCAGCGUGAUGCCCGUCCACCUCCCGGACCCGCACGUUCACGCCUUGCCCAGAGGCGCCCCGCUUCUCCCGCAUCCAGCUUGCAGUUGGAUUCCAGGAAGGGCCGUCCUGUUUCUCCUCGUUUGGCCAGACCGACGCGGGUGCCAAAUGACCCCAAACAGACGAUAUCAACACCCAGAGCUCCCAGUCCUCUCACAAAAUCCAAGAGUAAGUCGGUUACGCAGAACACAGGUGGCACGACGCGAACAGUUCCGGCUAAAACGGCCCCUCACAGGAAACCCCUGAGCAGCAGUAACCCCCCGUCGGAGAGCCCCACGACAACCAGACCAGCACCUGCCGUCACAACCCGCAAACACACGACACGGACUAAACCCAGCAAACCCGAAGAGCCUUACUUUGAGAUGAACAACAAGAGGAGGCUGAAGAACUGAGAAUGCUGGGAUAUGUAGUCCUGUUGCUCUCUUUACUGUACUGGUGUGAUGGGUCUUGCUUUACAUACAGACCUGAUUCAGUGCAGAGGAUGAAAUGAUGCUCUGAGGAAUACAAGUACAGUAUGUUCUUAAGUUGGCAAUACUUUAAAAAAAAAAUCUUCACCAAAAGACAUACUCUGGAUAACAUUCCUCGCACCAUUUUUUAGAUGGUCGAAUUCAAAAUGUCAUCUACUCUGACUGGGGUCUACAACCUGUUCUGUUUCUUUGGGUUAAUCAAAGCUAUGAAGCCAUUCUUUGUGCCAUACUCAUGUCUCUAGGACAGGUCUCAAUCAGGAAUGAAUUUUGAACACAGAUUUCUUUUUCUUUCCUUUGGCUACUGUAAUUGUCAUUAUUUUAGCUAAGAGGUCAGGAAGGUUUAAAAAGUCUCUUUAGAAACUCAUAUCAGGUGUUUCAUAUUUGUUCCGCUCUUUUAGGUCAAUCUGUUCCAGUCUAUCUGAUCUUAUUUGAUUCCUGAUGGGUACAUCUAUUCUGGUCAUAGUGUUUAUUAUUUUAUCACAGUUUAUAUACAUGUCUUCCUGACAGACGGUUAGAAUGGCCAAGCAAUAAGUGUGUGUUGCUUCAACAUUUGUCUUCAUGUAUGUGAGAACAGAAGAUCUUAUUUAAUAUUCCACCACAGCUCUCUGCACUACAGUAACCAAAGUCAUUCCUGUUAUCAGACCUGACAACUUUCUCUAACGGUAUAAUUUUACAGCAUAUUUUUAAGAUGUUUUUAGAGUAUUUUGUGUAUGUGGGCCUAAAUUUGUGUUUGUUGGAAAAUAUAUGUGUAUGUGUAGUUUAAUUCUCAAACAACCAUAAACCGGUUUAUAUGACAGAGGUUUCGUUUGACAGGCACUGUAGUUUCAUUCGUAUGCAUUAUGAAGUUGGUCAAGCAGCCAGCUGAUAUUAUAUAAAGUUCUACCUCCACACAAAUACUACUGAUUCAGUCAUUUCCAUAUAAACACAUACACAGUGUCCAUGUCAAACAAUGAAAUUGAUUUAUUUCCACUUUAUUCAAGAGUGAUCUCUAUAGACAGGCAAUUAAUUAUAAGAUAUAUAAUUUUAGAAUCGCAUAUAAGAAUCAUUUUAUGUGAGGGGUUAAUUUUUUUCUGUCGUUUUAAAUGUUUGUUUCAGGCUCUGGUUGUGUGAGAGAUUUUCUUCCAGCACUUUAAGACAAUGUUUUUUUGAAUGUAGUUUGUCUUUGUUGUUUGUAUAUAUUCUCAUUGGAUUAUGUCAAAUAAAGAUCUAUUCGGUGUAUAAUUCGCUGUGUUGGGAACAUACUUGAAUAUCAGAGUAAGAAUAUAAAUCAUAAUUUCAUUUCAGAUGAAUUUACUUACUCAUUUGGUAUGAUGUGAGUCACAGCACAUUAUGAUUGUGUGCAUGAUAUGUAUAGCUCUAUAGUUGUAUACAAAGAUCAAGUUAUUUGGUGUUGUUGUGCUGCCAUCUAGUGGUUAAAACACUGUUUCAUACUUCAAUUUUAAACACUACGUGAUGUAUGUUAUAGCAAUGUUUGUUUAAUAGUUAGCAUUUAGGUACAAAUAACAGAGUUAUCAUUUGAACCUAAAUUUAAGAUAUUUUAACAGGUGUCAUCUCCUUUGUAGAUGUACUUUUAUAAAGUCCACUUCCAAAAUGUUGACUAUUAAAAGAUCUCGUACUAACCAAGUUAAUCAACAAGUUAAAAAUAAAAUACUGUAUAUGCAUAUUUAUUACAGAGGCCUAAACAUUUACAAGGAGUCAAAUGCUUGACGGUUCUAUCCUUAACCACAAGAGGGCGCACUGCAAGGUUCUUCAAUUCUUAAAACCAUUUUAUCCCUCCUAAAAACAAGACUUUAUCUGACAUUAUAGGUUCCAAUCCUACACGAAUACAUCAACUUUGAUUUUGAAACUAAAUACUUCAAACAGACUAGAGGGAGUUACGUAGACAUUUCUUAAUGAAGGUUACUACUGGUUAAUUGAGAUAAUAAACCCAGUUUUACAAAAUAAACAUGCACAAACAUUAGAAAUCUACCGAAUUUCUUAUAACAUUCUUAUGGUCACUCCAUAUGAAUGAGUUAUGUUGUUAUAUUAAUGUUUAUAGGAUUCCUAUCCCCAUUGACAAAUAAACGUCAUAUGUUAUACACUUCACAAAUAAAUAGUGAAUAUUCUACAUUUUCAAAAUAAUUUAAUUAAAGAUUUCACUAAAGCUGCAGCUAUAAAAUGCAUGUUCAGCUUUAUACGUGACUGUGGGAGGUCUGCAUAUAAUGCAAUAAUAAAAAUAUAACAGCCCAAACUCCGUACGUAGAGAUCCGAAUGUCUUCGCAAAUAUGUAAAUACUCAAACGUGAAUCAUAAAAAUCACCAAAGAAAAGCGAUAAUUCAUUUGAAAAAUAAACAAGUAGCCCACAUAAAUCAUUUCUGCAUGAUAAAAGAUACAAAAGCUAUUGGAUGUACGACCAUACAAAAUGAUUCCCCGUCAAUUUUAAGGUUUAUUACACGCUAUUUCACAAAUAACAAUAAAUAAUUCCAGCUUGAUGAAUGUAUUUGCAUGCGUCUUCACUCGCGCUGCGCUCUCCCUGCUGUUAAAGCCAGAGCGCGCUCACAUUUUUCUCCACUCCGCCGCGCGUCGGCUCAACAUUUCAGUCCGCGAUGCGAAGGCCAUUUGAAACUUGCUUUGAAAAUGUCGACAAAAAUAUAAAACUCCAGAAGACGGCUUCGUUUAGUUGUUCGUAUUGCCCGUUGAACAAAAUGGGGUCUUUCGUGUCGAGCUCCGCCAUUUUGUGGCAGAAUAACUUACGAGAGGGGUGCGUGUAAUGGUUGAAUGUAGUCACCCUG